UGUGUGUGUGUGUUUGUGUUGGGAGCCCGUGUGUUUCAUCGCAUUAACAAAAGCUGCAUUUUAAAAAAACCCAAAAUAAACUGAGUCAGAUGCUUUCUGCCAUUGCAGCGGAAGCGGUGUUUUCAAGAAAAGAAAAGUGGUUGAAAAAGAGACAGAGAAAGAAAGGGGAAGCAGAAGGGAUGGGAUUGCAAAACAUAAAGUCUUGUUUUAUUGUCUCCCUUUGUUGAGCUCAGGACUGGGUCGACGGCGCCGACGAGAACAAACACGCUUUGGUUGUUUUUGUAGACUGUACUGUAGUUCACGGACACUUUACUUCAAAAAGAAGAAGAAGAAGAAGAAUGGAAGGAGACGAUCUGUGUGACCACGGUCGAUCACUGUCACCAGGGAGUGUCAUGGCAGAGCCAGACUAUCUCGCAGAAGACUGCAAUGAGCUCAUUCAACCCAAAAAGCUGCUUAACCCAGUCAAGACCUCCAGAAACCACCAGGACCUCCACCGAGAGCUGCUCAUGAACCAAAAGAGGGGUCUGGCACCUCAAAAUAAACCAGAACUCCAAAAAGUCCUGGAGAAAAGAAAGAGGGAGCAAGUUCUCAAGGCUCAGAAGGAGGAGCAGGAGGCACACAUGAAAAGGAGCGACCUGGAAGUAGAGCUUAUGAAACGACAACAGAAACUAGAGCAGCUGGAGCUGGAGCAGCAGAAAAUAGAGGAGGAACAAGAGAACACCCCAGAGUUUGUGAGGAUGAAGAGCAACCUGCGCAGGACCCGACAGGAGGCCGACGGCGAGGCGCAAACCACCUAAAACUGUUCCGAGAGUAGGAGUGCGUGUGUCUGUGUGCAUGUACGUGCUCCAGAAAUACACCCGGUCUGCCACAAACUUUUUCUUCUUGACAGAGCUGUUCCUUUCUGCAAGGAAGAGGAAAAACUUUUUUUUACGGAACUCGUCUCAUUCUGUCAUCGGGUGCCAGCACUCGACUCCUGCUUCUCGCACUCGGUCAGGAGCACACGGUGCCCUGUAGGGUGGACAUGUUACAGACAUGUUACGCUUUAAAAACCUGUAUUUAGGGCUGGAGAGUCCUACAAUACUGGGAAAAGGAAACCUGAGCAAACGGCUCAAACAGGAGCGCUCUCCCCUGAUUUUAUCCCCCCCUCUCUCCCCCCUCCACUCAGCCAGCUGUUGUUUCUAAUAAGUGUUUCUCAUCGUAGAUAUUGUUGACGUUUUAUUUUCUCAUUGUCGGAGUCAAAUAAGGAAAGUGGACACUGGAUAUGCUCUUCUUUAAGCUGUGUAAUGUAAGGCCAAACAAAUGUGCUUUUGUUAUUUAUGUUUGUAGCUUUUAGCCUUGAUAUGAUGGAGGACUUUGUUUUACGGGUUAAAUCGAUGUAGCCAGAACAGGACAAAGUCACCGUACAGUUGUUGUUUUCUUCACCUUUUCUUCAUAACAUGCAAUUUUGUCCUGUUAUACAAUUGAUUUGGAGCAAUAUUGAGUAAAAGUGUUACAUUAAUUUUUUUCUUUUUUUUUUUUUUUUUUUUUUGAACUAACGUUCGUACAAGACCGAUUUAUGGACUGGUGCAUUUCAUGAUAGGACGUAAUGCUCCUAAAACAAAUAUUUGUUUGUCUUUAGUUAGAGUGGGGCAUAGACAAGUCAGUUAAGUUAAUUAAAGUCAACCUGAAUGGUUUGACGUACAGUAUUUAACCAGCAAAGCAAAAAAAAAUUUAAGUUAAAUUUGAUUGUUUCUGAUAAUUUAAAUAUGACAGACAUUCAUGUUUUACUGAUUAAAAAGAAUGAUAGUUUUUUAUUGUUAUGAAAAUUCUGAGUUAAAAUAAUGCUGUUUGCUUUUCAACAAUCUUUUUUUUUUUUUUUAAAUAAAUCUAAUAAAACAAUGCUUCUUAU